UACUGUCCUUCCACUGAUAUCAUGCCAAUGGAUCCUAGUUUUGUAAGAGUUGAUGGACGUGGUAAGUUAGAUACUGAUUGGGCAUUGUAUCACCAGGCAAGUAUUGCACUAUGGGAGAGCAGGAGAGCAUACAUUGUUGCUGGAGAGAUUCCUGGGUUGGAUUAUGAUUAUAAGGUGAAGCAGUACUUAGCAUGGUUUCAUUCUUGGGCUACACUAUACAUGCUAAAGCCCCCAGUGGAUCCUCCGAGUACAUACUAUCCAAGAUCACCAGCUGAACGUCACAUGCGAGAUUUCUUUGUGAGCAUGGAGAGAAGAUUGCAACCACACUUUGGCGGUACUGAGGGGACACCUUUACAGAUGGAUGUGAAUAUUGUUGGAGAUAUGUGCCAAAGAUUGCGACAACAGAUAUACAUUGACGAUGCUCAUUAUUUUGAUGAGGCAGAUACUCAGGUGUUUAGUCCAGCCAUUCCGACUGCAGAUCCAUAUGAUGCUGGGCCAUCCUCCUAUCCUGAUCUUGGUCCCUCUCAGAGCCACUUCACAGCUAAGUUUGACGUCGCCUCCACACCUCAGUUCGUACCUUUCUCCUUGGGAGAGCCCCCAGUUACUCAGCAAGAUGUUAGUGAUCAGGACCAGCGCCACCUACGUACCAGGCCACUACGAGCACCUCAGCAUUUUACUCCAGGCACUGAUGCGAUUCCACAUCGACAUAAAAGGAGGCAUUAGUUUUUUGUAUCAUGUAUCUUUUAGUUGCUUUAGUUAUAUUUUAUUAUUUA